CUUCCGCCUGCGCUUGUGCUUCUCUCCCCAGACUCCAUGUUUCUGCCGUCAGUGUCGAUGCUGCAGCAUAACCUCUCGUCAAACAGACGAUGAAGGCCUCCUUCUCGCCGUUGGUCAUUGCUAUCAUCAUGACGCGCUUCCUCAGUGGUCAUGCAGCUGAUGAUGCCGGCUCUGAAGCGGUGUGCCCGAAUCGGAUGAUGGGUGAGGACUCUCUGCGGCCAUCGGAGUGUGCAGAAGAGGCGGCUGGCGAUGCGAUGGACAACCUGCGAGUGAGUGGGUCUGACGACAGGCGCGAUGAGGGUGCGGGGGAGUUUCGGGCAAAGGAGGGGGGAGGGAAGGAGAAAGACAAAGAUGCAAUACCGCUGAUCAUUAAGGUGAGCUCUCUGAGGCAGACACAUGCACUCAUUUCCUUCUGGAUGGUGUGCUGUGGUGUGGUGUGGUAUUUGUGUUUGCCCGUGUGUGUGUCAUUCAGAUAACAAUGAUCCUCACUGGCAUUCUGAAUUUCAUCCUGAUGGUCGGCACGACCGUCAGUCUCAUACAGAGCCUGUGAGUGAUGGCCCUGGGCGGAGCAAGCCUUGUACAGGGAGAGUCAUCGGCUUGCUGUGCUGUGAGCUCUGCUGUGCUGCUGUCGCCAUCAUGCCACUAUGCGAGCAGUCGGUUUCUAUUGGUCGGUUUGUCGGAAGCGUAUCCGUCUUGUGUACAAUCGUGCGUUCAUCUCAUCCUGCUUGAGGGGGUGUGUAGUCCGUGUGUCUGUCUGUCUGUCUGUCUUUCUGUCUGUCUUGGUACAGCUGAUGCUUCCUUCAUGUGGUUGACAGACGUUUUCUUACUUCGUCUGGUUCAUGCGAGUGUACGCGUAAGUGAUGUGAUGUGAUGUGAUGAAACAGACGUUUUGACUGCUGCAUCUGGAGACAGGAUGCAGCACCUGAACACCCUGAAAUGCUGCGCAUCUUACAGCAGGGGGCUGGGUUUUUUCGUCAUCAUCGAUGCACGAUGGCCC